AUACUUUCCUCUCAAGCAGAGCGAAUUGAAGGGGGGAGAAAGAUGGACGCAAGCUCUUCUUUGGUGGCAACAACCCAUGUUGUUCUCUUCCCAUUCAUGUCCAAAGGCCACACCAUACCCAUCCUCCACCUAGCCCGCCUCCUACUUCGCCGCCGUGGCAUUACCGUCACUGUCUUCACCACCCCCGGAAACCUUCCCUUCGUCUCCAACUCCCUCUCCGAUACUGAUGCAUCCAUCAUCCCCAUCCCCUUCCCACAAAACAUCCCCGAAAUCCCAUCCGGUGUAGAAAGCACCGAUAAACUCCCUUCUAUGUCCCUCUUCGUUCCCUUCUGCAGGGCAACCAAGCAAAUGCAACCCGACUUCGAAAGAGAGCUCCAGAGUCUCCCACGGGUGAGCUUCAUGGUCUCCGAUGGAUUCCUCUGGUGGACUCUGGAAUCCGCAUCAAAGUUCGGAUUCCCAAGAUUGGGGUUCUUUGGAAUGGGUGGUUAUGCUUCCUCUGUUUCGAGAGCAGUCAGCGAGCAUCUGCUUCUACUCGGGCCAGAGUCAGAGGACGAGUUGAUUACAGUGACUUCAUUUCCAUGGAUUGGGAUUACUAAAAGGGAUUUUGAACCAAUAUUUUUGAACCCUGAACCCAAAGGUGCCAGAUUUGAAUUGUUCAUGGACCAAGUUAUAUCGACAUUAAGCAGCUACGGCAUUAUCGUUAACAGUUUCUACGAGAUGGAGCAAACUUUUGUUGAUUACUAUAACCAGAAGGACCAAGUCAAGCUAUGGUGCGUCGGCCCAUUGUGCCUGGCCAAGCCAAUUAAAUUAGCAAAAAACGAACCAAAACCCUUCUGGAUUCAGUGGCUAGAUGAAAAGCUAGAAGCAGGGUGCUCUGUUCUUUACGUAGCAUUCGGGUCGCAGGCGGAGAUAUCUGCAGAGCAGCUCAAAGAGAUUGCUAAGGGACUGGAAGACUCGGAGGUGAACUUCUUGUGGGUAAUAAGGAAGACAGAGUCGGAACUAGGAGAUGGGUUUGAGGAGAGGGUGAAAAACAGAGGCAUUGUGGUGAGGGAGUGGGUGGAUCAGUGGGAAAUUCUGAUGCACCAAAGCGUUCAAGGGUUUCUGAGCCACUGCGGAUGGAACUCAGUGUUAGAGAGCAUAUGUGCAGCGGUGCCUAUUCUGGCGUGGCCAAUGAUGGCGGAGCAACCGCUGAAUGCAAGGAUGGUGAGUGAGGAGAUAAAGGUGGGGUUAAGGGUGGAUAUGUGUGAUGGGAAAGUGAGAGGGUUUGUGAAAUCGGAGGGGUUGAAGAAGAUGGUGAAGGAGUUGAUGGAGGGAGAAACGGGGAAGGAGGUGAGGAAGAACGUGAAGGAAGUUGCAGGGAUGGCCAACAAGGCUUUGGAGGAGAGCAGUGGGUCAUCAUGGCUUACGUUAGACUUGCUAAUUAAAGAGCUAGGAAACAAGAAUUAGUGCAUCAGCAUAUUCGUCUUGUAUUUGGAGCCGAGACAAUGGUAGCACCAUUAUUAAGGUUGCGUUUGUAUUCAAUUUGUGGACAAGGACUGUCGUAGUUAGGACUACGCCUAUAGUCGUCAAAAAAACUUGUGCGGUGUAGUUUCUUCUGGAAUAUAUGAUCAUAGCUAUC